AUGACCAAUUGGAUCCCCACGCCCCCCCCCAGCAGCAACAGCGCUAGCAGCACCGUUCGUAUCAAGAAGCUCGACAAGUUCCGCGAGUUCUGGGGCAUCUCCAAAUCCAAGACCAAAGAAGUCAAGCUCACGACCUUGAACCAGUUGCAGCACUCUCCACCUGCUUCACAGCCGUCCACCCGACCAUCCUAUGAUGUCACCCGGGUCGACAACGUGCUCCCAAGCGACAAGCUCUCCACCGUCGUGACUCAGGUUGAUAGUGAGCUUUCAAACUACAGUGGCUCUAUUCAUCCCUCCGGCACCAUGCAGGAUAAGCAUACAUCACAACAAUCGACACAACCUCCGUCUGUUGUCUCUCUAGUCACCUAUUUUCCUCCAGGCACCAGUCAAUCUACUUAUGCCACCGACAACCAGUCUACUUCUACAAGCAACAACCAGUCUACCCCUUCCAGCACCGUGCAUGAGAUGGCACUCCCAGCACCCAUUUGCACAUCGCAUAUUCUCGAGCACAUCUUUGACGAGGAUGCGCCCAAGCCAACCAUCAAGACUGAGUUGCCUCAACCUCAGCAACGCAUCGAGGAGACGCAGCAGUUGGUCUACUGUAAUGCCUUGCUUCUACGGGAUACAUUGUCCCCACCGAAACCUGUUACAAGAGAGGCUACAGAGGACGGUGGCCCCCUUGUUCUUCAGGAACCCGCUCUCGACAAAACCGAGCUCGACUGGCUCGAGACGACGAAGGAGGACCCAAUGGAAGUGGAUCGUCUGCGCUGGUUGGCAACUCGGGUGGUGGAGCAAUUUGUGGCCGAUUCCAACAAGAACUCCACCAAGAUCUCCGAGAUUGUCGCUCUUGGACCUGUCUUAGAGAAAGAGCCUUACCGCAAGCUGCUCGCGACCUUUAUCAAGGAGUUUGACGAUGCUAGUAUUCUUGACGUUGAUAUGCUUCAGGGACUUGUCCAAUUGGCGCAUGAUGCGUUGCCUGGCUACCUUGUCUCUGAUGACCUGGUCAAGAUUCUUGGCAUCCUCAGGGCUCGCCUAGAGGGCACUCACCAGCAGUGUACCGAGUACCCCUACCAUCUCACUUUGGCUGUCUCCAGGAUCCUCGAUGUCAUGGCGGAGCAUAAAGUGCAGGAUUUAAAUCGUGUCCUCGAGCAUGAGCCACUGUCGGCAGUCUUGUCAGGAUUGAAGGGGAGCUCGGACCCCUACCUGAUGUACCAGGCCUGUUACGCCUUCCAGGCUCUCCAGUAUGUGCCUGAUGAUGAGAGCGCUCUUCGGGCUGUGUUGAGACACUCAACUGGUGUUGUGGGUGGCCUUGUGAAAGUCACUGCCGUCUUCAAGCUGGAUCUGGCGUCGGUUCUCGAGGGUCUGGGAAACUUACAGGAAGCUCUUGGUGGUGUGGCAUCAGUGGCUGGUACUGUGUACGAGGGUGUCUGUUCGUUGAUGGGGAGCGGCAGAGGUGUUCUAGACAGUUUGAGGGAGGGACUUGGAUCUGGCCAGAAGCGACUUUGGUAUCCUGCUGUCAAGGUUGCCUAUGCUUUUGCCCAGGCUGGCCAGCUGAAGGAUCUGAAGACGUUGAUCGUGGAGGCUCCUUGCCGCCGAGACCCUUUGUUUCAGUGGGGGAUCUGCCAGCUGUUAGGGGAGAUCGCUGUCGACGCACUCUGGUCUGUAUCUGUGCGCCAGCAAGCCGUUUCUCUCCUCGGUCAUCUCUGCCAGAACGACCAAGACUGGGGCCAGGAUGAGAGUGUCAGGGCAUGGGUGUUGACGAUUGUCACCAAGCUGUGCGCCUCCUCCGACCUAACCGUCAGUGAGACCGCCCGUACUGUGCUGCAGGAUCUGACAGUGGACCAAAGUGCCUUGAUCAAGCACCCUUAUCCAUUGAGGGCCCGUCUCCCCUUGCCUUCCGCAUCGCCACUCCUUGCCAAGGUCCAAAACAUCCAGUACUUAGAGUACGAACUGCACAAGUUCCGACUACAGCGACUAGAGGAGACCAAAUUGCCGGUCUACAUCUCCCCUAUGGCCAAAGCCAACCUUCAAGCCCGCGACGACGAAAUGUUUCCCCUCAAAGAGAAAGUACAAGAGUUCUUGACCAGUGAACGACAGGUCAUGCUUGUUUUGGGUGACUCUGGAGCAGGCAAGUCGACGUUCAACAAGCACCUUGAGUCCGAGCUCCUGCGAACAUACACCCGUGGGGGUCCCAUCACAUUGUUCAUCAACUUGCCAGCCAUCCACGAACCUAACCACGAAAUGAUCGAAAAGCAGUUGAGGUCUGACAACUUCAACGACGAACAGAUCCGCGAGCUCAAACUGCAUCGCCAGCUCAUCCUCAUCUGCGACGGUUAUGACGAAAGUCAGCAACUGGUCAACCUUCACAAGACCAACAUGUUGAACCAGCCAGGGCAGUGGAAUACCAAAAUGAUUAUCAGCUGUAGGACACAGUAUCUCGGUCAAGAUUACCGAAGCCGAUUCAUGCCUCAGAGCCGCGACCGCUACGCCUAUCCAGCUGUCGAGCUCUUCCAAGAGGCUGUCAUUGCUCCGUUCUCAAAGGAGCAGAUCCAGAGCUACAUUGAACAGUACGUCCCUCUCGAGUCACGCACCUGGACUACCAACGACUACAUGGACAGGUUGACCACCAUCCCGAACCUCAUGGACCUGGUCAAGAACCCUUUCGUUCUAACCCUUGCCUUGGAGGUGCUGCCAUUCGUCACCGAGGGCAAACAGGAUCUGUCUGUCAUCAAUAUCACUCGAGUCCAGCUCUACGACACGUUUGUGAAACAUUGGCUGAAAGUCAACAAACGACGUCUCGAGAGCAACGCAUUGUCCGCCAAAGACCGCGAGAUUCUGGACCAACUUUCGGACGCAGGAUUCACAUCGAUGGGUAUUGACUAUUCUAUUGGGCUGGCUUCGGCGAUCCUCGAGAAACAGAACGGAAAUCCGGUUGUUCGAUAUACCCACCUCAAGGACAAACACACAUGGCGCGUCGAUUUCUUUGGUCCCGAUCCAGAGGUACGGCUCCUACGCGAGUCGUCCCCAUUGACACGUUCUGGCAGCCUGUUUCGAUUCCUUCAUCGAUCCAUGCUCGAGUACUUUCUUUCAUGCGCUGUUUUUGAUCCCAGCAGUCAUGACGUCGACGAUGAGUUUUGUCCGCAACCCCAUCCUGACCCCACUCCUGCCCAGCCCCUCACCACUGAUGGAAUUUUGUUCAAACGUGACCUCCUCACCGAGCCAUCGGUCAUCCAGUUCCUGGGCGAGCGUGUCAAGCAGCACCCUUAUUUCGAAAAGCAGCUCCUAGCCGUCAUCAAGCAGUCCAAGACCGAUGCCAGUGUCGCCACCGCCGCCACCAACUCCAUCACCAUUCUUGUCCGAGCCGGGGUCCUUUUCAACGGCGCCGACCUUCGAUGCAUCCAGAUCCCAGGAGCAGAUCUUUCUGACGGGCAGUUCGAUUCCGCCCAGCUGCAGGGGGCUAAUCUGAAAGGCGUCAACCUUGCAAGGAGUUGGUUGAGGCAGGCUGAUUUCGGUGAUGCACAGAUGGAUGAUGUUCGGUUCGAGGAGUUGCCAUACUUGAAGGAGCCCGCCGCAGUCACUACCGUCGCCUUUUGGCCUGAUGGAAAGUUGCUUGCUGUCGCUCUGCGUGACGGAAGCUUUAUUAUCUACGACACUACAGCAUGGACUCGAGUUCAUCAACACAAAGAACAAAGUGAGGUGAUGUGUAUCGCCUUUUCACCUAACGACCAACACCUUGCUUUUGGGAGCGAAGACACGACCUGUCGAUUAUGGGAUACUGUCAGUAGGGAGACUGUGAUGGUCAUGGAGGGGCACACCAAACUGGUGAGGUCUGUGGCGUUUUCACCCUGUGGCAAGCAAAUCGCAUCGGCCAGCCACGACAACACGAUUCGUUUGUGGAACUCGAAGACAGGAGAGUGCUUGUUUGUCUUCAACGGCCAUGAAGAUAUUGUUUUGAGUGUCGCAUAUUCAGCAAACGGACGGAAACUUGUCUCGGGCAGCAGGGAUGAGACGAUUCGAGUGUGGGAUCCGGAGACAGGAACACCAGACACUAACUGGGUAAUUCCUCGUGUUUAUGGUUCGCGCGUGACCCUUUCUGCAGAUGGACGGCAGUUCGCUCACCUUACUGGUGAGAUGGGUGGCGAGAUCCAACUCAUUAAUGCAGUCACCGGAGAGCAGGGUCGGAUUCUCGGUGAUGAUGCCGGCCAGCUAACAGAUUUUGCAUUCUCUCCAAUUGGCGAGUUGAUUGUUUCGUCAAGCAGGGACAACAACGUCCGGCUGUGGGACUCAUCGAGUGGACAACUCAUCUCCAGGUUGUCGGGUCAUAACAGCCGGAUCACCACCUGUGCAUUUUCCCCAGACGGCCUACAAAUCGUUUCAGGAAGUGUGGACGGGAUUAUACGACUCUGGGAGGUGAACACCAACCGGUCGAGUUCCAUACAACAGAUUGUCACCCAGGUUCGAUCUGUGACAUACACCCAUGACGGUCUGUGUAUAGUCUCUUAUCAUGACGACCGCACCUUUCAACGCUGGGACUUGUCCACAGGUGUUGUUUUGUCGAGGUCGACAGUAGAAACCUUCGCUCUUUCACGGUGCGGCCUUUGGCUUGCGAACGGUUGCAGGAACGGGAAUAUUCAGCUGUGGAAUCUCCAGACCAAUGUUGUUGAGCGCGUUCUUCUCGGAUCUACCGACUACACAGCUGCAGCUCUUGAUAUGAGUUUUUCGUACUGUAGUCGGUGGUUGGUCUCAUGCGACGAGUUCAAGAUUACACGAUUGUGGGAUCUUGAGAGUACCGAUGAUCAAGGCAAAGUGGUGGUUGAUCAGUCCACUCAGACAGGUCUCGCGAUAUUCUCCCCUGUCGAAAACCAGGUUGCGGUAGGAGUGCGAUCGAGCCCAUCGAGACUUCGUCUUUUCGAUCCCCGAGUGACAGACCUUCGCCAACCUCUGAAGGAAGUGUGUUUAUCAUGCAAGAUACUUUCUAUGGACUACUCACCAGAUGGUCAGCGACUAGUACUCGGUACUGAUGACUCCUUGGUCUUGCUCUGGGACUUGCAGUCGGACAAGCCUGAUGUCAAACUGAAAGGGCACACUGGUGAUGUGAACUCCGUCGCCUACUCAGCUUGUGGCAAGUGGAUCAUUUCCGGCAGCGAUGACAGGACGGUGCGUCUCUGGUCAGGCGAGGUCGACAGUUGA